CGUCACUUCCGGUUUGGGAUAACAAGGAAGCAGAGGCUGUUUGAAACCUCAGCAGUGCUUGCUGACAUGGCUACACCACUGUGAGCUGCCUGAAGCGGAUGGUCCAUGCUCGUCAAAGCUGAUUUGGUUGUAUUUUAUUUGGUGUGGAUAACUAUGGCCCAGCUCUUGGCACAAGAUGAAAAGGAAAAUGCUGCACUAAAAGAUUUGCUAUCCAAGAUUGAUCUAGAUGAGCUGAUGAAGAAAGACGAACCUCCGCUCAUCUUCCCCAAGACUUUGGAGGAGUUUGAAUAUGCUUUUAAUGAGUAUGGCCAGCUACGACACACAAAAACCGGAGAGCCGUUCGUCUUCAACUGCAAGGAGGAUAUGCACAGGUGGAACCAAAAAAGAUACGAGGCGCUGGGAGAGAUCAUCACGCAAUAUGUUUAUGAGCUCCUGGAGAAGGACUGCAAGCUGAAGAAAGAGAUGCUCCCAGUGGAUGCAACAGAAAGCGAACCAAAGAGCUUCAUCUACAUGAGCGAGGACGCGCUGACGAACCCGGACAAGCUGCUGGUGCUGAUCCAGGGCAGCGGCGUGGUGCGAGCAGGCCAGUGGGCUCGACGCCUCAUCAUUAACGAGGACCUGGACAGCGGCACACAGAUCCCUUUCAUCAGCAAGGCCAUGCAGGAGGGCUACGGCGUGAUCGUGCUGAACCCCAACGAGAACGUGCUUGAAGUGGAGAAGGUCGGAGAUCCAUCUGCGGACACAUGGGACGAACCGGCAGAGAAACGCGAGCGUAAGGAGGAGUGUGAGGAAAAGAAAAAGAAAGACGGGUACGAGAAGUACCGCAACCCACAGAAGGAGCGCGAAACGAAGCGCAUCCCGAUCCGGGAAAACAGUUCAUCCGAGGAGCACACACUUUAUGUGUGGGACCACUUCAUUUCCAGAUCUCACGCCAAAAACAUCUUCGUGGUUGCUCACAGCUAUGGAGGGCUGUCUUUCGUGGAGCUGAUGAUCCAAAGAGAAGAUGAAGUGAUGUCACGUGUACGUGCAGUGGCCAUGACUGACUCAGUUCACAACGUGUGGCACCAAGAAGCCAGCAGAUCCAUCAGAGUGUGGCUGAAAGAGCGAUGCUGUAACUGGGUGUCGAGUCCUGAGCCGUUGGAUACCCCAGUGGACUCAUUGCUCCCUGAUUGUCGUCGCCGCUCAGCAGGCACUGAGAGGCAUGAGCUGACCUCAUGGAACAGCUUCAAGUCCAUCUUCCGAUUCUUCAACGAGCAUCUCCAGGCACAAAUGGAGGCGGAUAGGGACGAGGGCAACGUGGAGGAGCAGAAGGAGGAGCAAAAAGAAGAGCAGAGGGAGGAGCUGCAGGAGGAGCAGAAGGAGGAAGAGGAAGAUGGCUCUGCCGCAUUGACUACACAAAAACACGCCAAACACGAGGAUUUAUAGAAAACUCUGAAAUAGCGUCAGACCGCUCCCUAUUGAAUAUUUUGCUUUUAAUGCUUUUAAAGGAUAGUCCUGUCUGAUGUCUUAUUCGGGCGCAGAAUAGCGUUUUGCAUUACACAACUAUCAAAGCAAUAUAUACUGCUUGUGCCUCCCCUGAGCUACUGUGUGGGUUUGGUGGCCUUAUUAAGGCUGUCAGGUGACAUUGCACAGUACCUCAAAGUGUCCUGACAUUGCUCGAACCUCACCUAAUACACACACACACACACGCGCGCGCACAGGUUUAAUCCACAGGUCAUUUAGCCCACUUUAGCCCUGAACAGCUGUUGGUUUUGUUUGUUUUUUGGGGGGUUUUCCCCGUUCAGUUUUAUCCAGUUUUACAUUGACGGGGGCGCUGGCUUGUCUAAGAAAUGUCAUCCUUUCCAUUCUGGAUUUGUGUGCAUCAGCAUUACAGCACUAAAACAACUUGCAUUUUGUAGAUAUUUGCUUUUGAAUGUCCACAUUAGACAGGUUUUUUCCUCACCAUCUUCCUCUGAAAGAAGCAAAUCUUGAAUACCAGGUAAUAAUUUACAUAACUUCCUAACAAUUCAUAUAUUCUUUACAUUCAUACUUACAUCAUCAGGAUGAAAUACAAGUAUAGUAUUUCAUCGAAAAUGACUUAAAAUCACAUAUCAAGAAUGAUUUUUAGCCGUAUCUUCUUUUAAGCCAUUUUGGAAGUUUUGUAUAUCUGACCUUUCCCAUGCGUGAGCAAAAGGAGGGUUAAGAAUGUCUAAAUCAUAAAAGCAGUUCAUUUAAAUGUUUGUCUUUUGAAAGUGACGUGCGGUGUUUUUGUUUUGUUUUUUUCAUACAUGCCUGGUAAGUCUCACAAUUUAGCAUCACACUGACAUCCACUGCUUCUGCUAAAGCACAUAAUGUCACUUUCUUAGCAUAAACAAAAGACAAACAGAACAAUGUGGUAUUAGUCAAGGCUUAAGCUGUCGCUCAGACGUGACAGCACGUCACCCUGCUUUAACUAAAACUUUGCCACGUUUUUAUCUUUCAAGCACAAUUUACAUAUUUUAACAAAUUUGUUCAAAUUACCAACUUUUAGCCAAAAUAAAAGUGUGAUGCGGGGAUAUAUUGAGAUCAACGUUUUAAAACCUAGACUGCUUUUAGGGUUUUAUUGCCAAGAUUAUUAGGCUAGUAUUAAAAUUGCAAGUGGUUGUGUAUUGCAGCUAAAUUGGAAAGUAAAAGCUGUGGGAUGUGAGUACUGCUGCCUUAAAAUAAACAAGACAUUUUUCUUUCUUAAUACAUUCAACUAAGCCAUCAGCUGAUUAUAGGCAAGAAGUGCAACCUUAAACCAAAAUCAGACUGCAAGUCAUGAAUCUUUGCCAAGAGUGAUUUCAUUUUGUCAAAUCCUGUUUUCUUUCAAUGGAUUUAUUGCAGAAAAAAAAUUUACAUUCAUCUUGUAAUUUUUUUUUUCUGCCUUUGUCUUGUCCUUUUAUUUUUUAUAUCACAAUGAAUCGAAGUAGUUUCCAAAUCGUUGUCCAGCUUCGACGUGUGUAAUGUAUAAACGUCAUUUCCGCCUUCCCCUUAUUUGUUCAUUAUAGAGACUGGAGUCACUUUUUUUUUUUUUUGCCAAGUUCUUUUCUCUUCAUUUUUAAUCUCCCUGCAGCAACUUGCCUUUGCAAAAUAAACGCUUUUUAACAGUC